AGCGUCAAAUGCUUCGUUCGUACAAUCAAUAGAUCUACUGCACUGUUGAUAACAUUCGAAUUAAACUCAUGCGGUCAUGCCUGUUUUCAACCAAUGUCCUUGUUAACUGGAGUAAUGUACCUGUGGGGACUUCAAUGCACUUGCUGUUUCUGACGUUUCGUAAGAGCAUAAUAUAGGAUUGGUAGACAUGUUUUGUAAGCUGUAAUAUGUUUUCUGCUCUGCAGUGGAUGGUGAGAAGGUGGAUUCGAUUUCUUGGAAAAGAAGAAGCUCUAAAAUUGAUGAAUUGGAAUAACAGUGACCCUUAUUUCAGUUUAAGGGUGAACACAACAAAUGGUUAUACAAGGGAUGAUCUUGUUAACCGAUUGGAAGAUUUGCAGGUUCACUAUGAAAAGUCAAUUAUGGACGAAUUUGUCCGCAUUCGUGAGGGCAUGCAGGCAGUCUUACAAGCUGGAUUACUGAAAGAAGGCAUGUGUGCCGUGCAGGAUGAGAGUGCAGGUUUUGUUGUGUCUGUGGUUGAUCCACAACCUGGGGAAACAAUCAUGGAUUGUUGUGCUGCACCUGGCGGGAAGACUUUAUUCAUGGCAUCCCGGCUGGCAGGACAAGGGAAGGUAUCAGCUCUUGACAUAAAUAAAGGCCGCUUGCGAAUUCUCAUGGAGGCAGCAAAGUGCCACAAUCUUGAUGAUAUAAUCACUGAUAUCCAUGGUGAUCUUCGACUAUAUGCUAAGGAAAGCACUGCCAAAUAUGACAAGGUAUUGUUGGAUGCUCCAUGCUCUGGGCUGGGAGUCCUUUCCAAGAGGGCAGACUUGCGUUGGAAUCGACAAUUUGAAGAUCUGGAGGAGUUGGUGUUUUUGCAAGAUGAGCUCCUUGAUUCGGCCUCAUCAUUGGUAAAACCUGGUGGUAUACUAAUAUACAGUACAUGUUCCAUUGACCAUGAAGAAAAUGAGAACCGGGUUACUGCUUUUGUUCAGAGGCAUCCGGAGUUUACCCCACAGGGUGUACAAGGAUUUGUUCCUGCAGAAUUCAUCACAGAUGAUGGUUUCUAUUCCUCAAGUCCAACUAAGCACUCUCUGGAUGGGGCAUUUGCUGCUCGUCUUGUCCGGUCAAUGCACUAGGACUCCCUACAAUUAGUUUCUUAGAAGAAGGUAGUCUUCUGCGCUCUGUGGUCCAUCUUGCUUCUUGGACUGCAUGCAGUAAGUUGUAUAAUAGACAGCAAUGCUGAGGUCAUCCUUAUAGGCACGCUCCAUCAUUUUGAUGUUGAGUGACACAAUAAUGUGUGUUGUGAGCUAGAUGUACCUGGAGUUGUACCUGCUGGAUACCUAAGCAUGUGUAUUAGGUAGGCCCUAGUGAAAUUAUCUGAUAAAGUAUGUUUGUUAUGUAUUAUUAUGUCUUGCACAGUACCAAGUGAUAGUCUCAAGGUAGAUGAUCAUACAUAAAAGUACGUCUAGAAAUUUAUCAGAUGAAGUGUACUUCAAGAGAACCAUAAUUCUAUAAAUAUAACUUUGUUGGA